AUGAUGACGGGAGAGAGGAAGAGGGAGGCAGCGUUGCUGGCGCGGAUGCGCAAGGCGGAGGAGGAGGCUGAGGAGCUACACGUGCAGGCGCAGGAGCUGAACAAGCAAGCAAGCUACGAUGAGGCCGUGCUCGUGUAUCGGCAGUAUCGGCAGCGGGACGACGACGCCAUCGAGCUGGCUCUGCGCAUCGCAAAGCUCAGGAAGCGCCAACGACGCAGACGCAAACAACAACUACAGCAACAACAACAGCAGCAACAACAACAACAGCAGCAGCAAGCAUGUGACAAGGAAGGGGAUCGUCCCGCCAAAGCAGCCAAGAUGAUGACCAUGAAGGACACGCCGCCAGAAAGCAGUUGCGCUAGCACAAACACCGGCAGCAGCAAAGCAGCAACAGCAGUAACGGCAGGCGCAAAGACGAAAAGCAGGUUCAACUUGGCCGCAAUACCCACUGCACCCUUCCAGCCACAAACACAAACACAGCCACAGCAGCAGCAGCAGCAGCCACAGGCAAAGGUACAGCCACAGAGCCAACAGGCCAAGCAGCAACAGCAGCAGCAGCAGCAGCAGCAGCAGCAGCAGCAGCAGCAGCAGCCAAAUCACCCGUUCCUGCCAACUGUGAUGAUUGAGGAUAUCAAUUCAUUGGCAACGCCAUUUGCAGAGAUGGACAGUGCCCCUGACCCUGCACCCUCUCUCCUUGCCGGCAUGCGCGCCAACAGCAAUGGCGAGAGCACUGCCACCACAACCAACGAUGAUUUUGCUGACGACGACGACGAUGACAAUGACGACGGUGAUGACGACACCCUCUCCGUGUCCAGCAGUGACGACAGCGAUGACAGCGAUGACAGCGAGGCAAUGGCAAGCGGGUACCGGUUCAGCGCGCUGUUUCCUGCGCUGCCUGGUGCGUGUGCUCGCGAGCGGCGGCUAGCGCGGUGCCGCUGCCUUGGGGCCGUGUUGGGCGCCGUUGUCGGAGACGCUUCGGCCAACGGCGUGCAGUGGGUGUAUUCGCCGGAGAAGCUGCGGCGGUUUGAGGCGCAGCAGGUGCGACGUCACGGCCACGCCGGCCUCGAGUUUAUGGAUCCGCCUGCCAACGAGCACUUCACGUACGAGGUGGGCCGCAACUCGCCUUACGGCGAGCAGGCGCUGGUGCUGCUGGAGGCCCUGGCCAAGGACGGCAAGCUGGACACGUUCCUGUAUGCGCGGCGGUUUGCCGCUGCGUUUGGCGGGAACUGGCACGUGCGCUGCAACGGCUACCGGGACGCGUCAUGCAAGGGGUUUCUGCGCAACUGGGCGCUUGGCAAACGCCCGCCAGAGAGCGGCGCGCGCGACAAGCAGAUCAACUGCAUCACCCGGCUCGCCCCGCUCCUGUGCGCCUUCAGCGGCGCGGACACCGGUACCUUGCACGCGGUGGUGGAGCAGACGACGCGCGUCACGCAGAACAUGCCCGAGGCCGUGGCGUGGGCGACGCUGGGCGCAUACGUGCUCGACCCUGUGCUUGCGCGCGGCACGCAUCCGCACGACGCCGUGCAAGGCGCGCUGCAGCGCGUGGAGGAGCGGGUGGCACGCGCUGGCACGGCGCGGGAGGAGGUUGCGGCCGACGAGCUGUACCUGGUGGCGGGUCACAUGUACCAGCCGCUGCGGUGGAGCGUGUGGGCGGACGUGCGCGAGGCCGUGGAUGAGCUGGGCAGGAACUGCCACACCCCCAACAGCUACCAGACCCCCGUGCACGCCGUGCUGCACCACCUGGCCCAGGCGCCCGCGCUCCAGCAGCGAGGCAGCCACGGCAGCUGCGAUAGCGGUGGUGAUGGUGGUGUUGGAGGUGAUGGUGGUGUUGGAGGUGGUGAAAAGCUGAAUGGCAAUGACCUGAAUGGCGAGGGUCGUUCUGGUGGAGGAGAAGGUGGUGAUGGCAGUCGUGGAGGCGGCGGCGCCACUGGACAGGAGCGUGUGACCAUGGACGAGUUGGUCGCGGAGUGUAGGCGUGUGUAUGUGGAGUGCAUGCGGGAGGCCAUGCGCCAGGGCGGGUGCUGUGCGAGCCGGUGCGGCGUGAUUGGCGCCCUGCUCGGCGGCUACCUGGCUGGGGUGCUUGCAUCAGCGGCAGCGGAUACCAGCAGCGGGAGCAGUUUUGACGGCGGCAGCGGCGGCGGUGGCGAUGGGGAUGGGCUGGACAGUGAAGUGGGUGGCGGCGAUGAGGAGGACGCCCUGGACCGCCACCUGGGCAGCGUUGCGCUUGCAUUCAUUCCGCCAGAGUGGAAGCAGAAGACGCUGGCGUUUGCAGACGCGCACCGCUGGGCCAGCACCAUCCUCAACGCCAGGCAGCACUGA